AAUACAUAACACUCUUCAACUAAUUGCCAAAGUUUUACAAAUCAAACAUCAUCAGAGAGUUCUUCAUCAUUAUUCCUGGAUUUAAAUAACCCAUCUCAUUUCAUUGACUUGCUCUCCCCUUUAAAUAUUUCAUGUCAUGAGCUCACCUACUGUGCCCAAUAUCUUGCCAUUUGCCUUGGAAUAUUAGUAACAUGCUUCAGAAAGAUCCCCAUAACAUCAACAACUACCAUAGAAGAUCAGCAAUUUUUUCCGUUCGAUUUAGCGAUCUAGUUCAUCAUCAUCAUGAAUUUUUCAGACUACCCAACAGGCAAGUCUCCAAGAAAAGAGCUCCAACUCCAGGGUCCACGUCCAGCACCGCUCAAGAUUCAUAAAGACUCCCACAAGAUCAAGAAGCCUCCGGUUGUUCCUCAACCCUCGCAACAAGCUAAUCAGCAUCACCAGCCGCCGCGACAGCCGGUUAUAAUCUAUACUGUUUCGCCCAAGAUCAUUCACACCAACCCUAGCGACUUCAUGAACCUCGUCCAGCGCCUCACAGGUUUACCAGCUGCCUCCAAUUCUUCUGCUUCUUGCUCUUCCUCUUCUCCUCGAAGUGAUCAGAAUAACUCUAUUGGCGGCGGUGGCGAAUCGAUAAUGGAGCAGUCUAGGUCUUCGAAUCAUGAAGGAACUAUGGACAUGGAUGAUGAUGAUGAUCGUCGCGCUCAUGAUGCUGGUCUUAAGCAGCAAAAGAGUUUUUUUCCAGGGAUCUUGUCGCCGGCUCCGGGUUCGCUUCCUUCGAUUCCUUCAAACUUCUUCUCUCCGCCGGCGGAUAGCUUCUUCCAUGAUUUGAGCCCUGUACUUCAUGGUAACAGGAACUUCAUAGAAGGUAGCUUCAUGCCUAGUCCGUCCAACUUCUUUUCCCCUACUCCAUCCAUUGACCUAUUCAACAAUUUUUCCGAUUUAUAGUUUGUCUUUCGGUUUCAAAUUCUUUACAAGUGGAUGAAUUUAAAGAUUUAGUCAAGAUAGAGUUUUCUGGGUUUGUUUCACAGACAUAGUUUUGAUGAUGAUGAUAAAGAUUAUAGAAAUGGGACUAGAUUGGAAUUCUAAUUUUAAAUUUUUGGUGGGGAGGCAAGUUGGAAAGUUCUUAAUUAGUUGAGGUUUAUCAGUGUGGGGCAUAAAAUGAUGGAUCAUGCAGUACUUUGGAGUUUGGAUGCAGAUAGCUUAUGAUUCUCAUUUUCCUUUUGUUUCUGAUACCAUUUUUUGUCAUGUACUCUUUGGCAUGUAAUUUGCAAACAUAUAUAGUUGACCUUUUCCAUUGUU